GAGGAAAAAGAUUGCAAUUUGGGAAUUGUUUAGAGCAAAGAAAAGGUAGAGGAAAAGGAGAGGCUGUAAUGUGACUCUUUGGCUUGGAGAGAGACGAAAACCAAACCCUAGAUUUUUCAGUCCCAAAUAUCAAAUUUGUUCAUUUUUAUUCACUCAAAUUUCAGAUCCAACCGCGUACUUCACCCCCCAACAAUCUUUCCUCCCUUCAAUCCCUUUGCCGCUGGUUAGUAUCCAUUUUUCGUCUUUCUGUAUUUGGUAUUUCGGAAGGAUGUAGGUGGAUCAUAGUCUAAUUUUGUGAUUCUUUUACUUGAUGCAUAUGAGUUCUUGAUACUUCGGAUGUGCGAUUUGGUUGUGCAAUUACUACUUGGUCUUUGUUGUGACGCUGUUUAUGUGAUACUCGUUGCAGAUCUUGCCUAGUUAUAGACAUUCAAGGAGAGGAGGGAACCCGUUUGGUGUUUUGUGUAUACUCCCUUCAGAUUCUUUUUGAAGCUUUUUUGAGUUGGAUUUUUUCCCCCCCUUAGGCCAUUAAAGAUGAUGUCCAAAUCGUAUACCAAUCUUUUAGAUUUAGCUUCUGGGAAUUUUCCCAUUAUGGGCCGUGAGAAGAAGCGACUUCCACGAGUAAUGACUGUUGCGGGGGUAAUAUCAGAGCUAGAUGAUGAUCAGGCAAAUAGUGUGACUUCUGAAGGACCUUCGUCAGUUGUGCAAGACCGAAUAAUUAUUGUUGCUAAUCAGCUUCCUAUUAAGGCUAAGCGUAGACCCGAUAAUAAAGGCUGGAGUUUUAGUUGGGAUGAAGACUCUUUGCUGUGGCAGCUCAAGGAUGGUUUACCUGAAGAUAUGGAGGUUUUGUAUGUAGGAUCUUUGCGGGUGGAUGUUGAUUCUUCCGAACAAGAUGAUGUAUCACAGCUUUUGUUGGAGAGGUUUAAGUGUGUUCCUGCCUUUUUGCCUCAUGAAAUUUUAUCAAAAUUUUAUCAUGGUUUUUGUAAACAGCAAUUGUGGCCACUCUUCCAUUAUAUGCUUCCGUUCUCAGCGACUCAUGGUGGUCGGUUUGAUCGCUCUUUGUGGGAGGCAUAUGUAGCAGCAAAUAAAAUUUUUUCCCAGAGGGUGAUUGAGGUCAUAAACCCAGAUGAUGACUUUGUAUGGAUUCAUGAUUAUCAUUUAAUGGUACUGCCCUCCUUCUUGAGGAGAAGGUUUACAAGAUUGAGAAUGGGUUUUUUUCUUCACAGUCCAUUUCCUUCGUCAGAAAUAUAUAGGACAUUGCCAGUGAGGGAAGAGAUUCUUAAGGCACUUUUGAAUUCAGACCUUAUUGGUUUUCACACUUUUGACUAUGCUCGACAUUUCUUGUCUUGUUGUAGUCGGAUGUUGGGUUUGGCAUAUCAGUCAAAGAGAGGUUAUAUUGGGUUGGAAUAUUUUGGAAGAACCGUGGGGAUAAAAAUCAUGCCUGUUGGUAUUCACAUGGGCCAGAUGGAGUCAGUGUUAAGACUUGCUGAUAAAGACUGGAGGGUACAGGAGCUCAAGCGACAGUUUGAAGGAAAGGUUGUGUUACUUGGAGUUGAUGAUAUGGACAUUUUUAAAGGGGUCAAUCUGAAGUUGUUGGCAAUGGAACAGAUGCUGAGGCAGCAUCCAAAGUGGCAGGGGAGAGCCGUUUUCAUACAGAUUGCAAACCCAGCUAGAGGAAGAGGGAAAGAUCUUGAGGAAAUACAAGAUGAAAUACGGGAAUGCUGCAAGAGAAUUAAUGAAAGUUUUGGACAGCCAAAUUAUGAGCCGAUUGUGUUCAUUGAUCGGCCUGUUUCUCUCGCUGAAAGGGCUGCAUAUUAUACAAUUGCCGAAUGUGUUGUAGUCACAGCAGUGAGGGACGGUAUGAACCUAACUCCUUAUGAGUAUGUUGUCUGCAGGCAGGGAACCUCUGGAUCAGAUUAUAGUACAGAAACAAAUGGACCACAGAAGAGCAUGCUAGUCAUAUCGGAGUUCAUGGGAUGUUCCCCUUCUCUUAGUGGUGCAAUACGGGUUAACCCAUGGAACAUUGAAGCUACUGCUGAAGCAUUGAAUGAGGCAAUAUCAAUGGCUGAAGCUGAAAAGCAAUUGCGCCAUGAAAAGCAUUAUAAAUAUGUGAGUACACAUGAUGUGGCUUACUGGUCAAGGAGUUUUUUUCAAGAUAUGGAAAGAACUUGUAAGGAUCACUUCAGAAGACGGUGCUGGGGAAUUGGGUUGGGCUUUGGUUUCAGGGUUGUAGCACUUGAUCCUAACUUUAGAAAGUUGUCUAUUGAUGCCAUUGUAGCUGCAUAUUCGAGGUCUAAAAGGAGGGCUAUACUUCUGGAUUAUGAUGGCACUGUCAUGCCACAAACUUCAAUUGAUAAGACCCCAAGUCGUCAAGUUAUUUCAAUCAUAGAUUCACUUUGUGAUGAUGUUAGGAAUACUGUUUUUGUUGUCAGUGGAAGAGGGCGUGAAAGUUUGGGCAAUUGGUUUUCUUCUUGCGAUAAACUUGGAAUUGCUGCUGAGCAUGGCUAUUUUAUGAGGUGGUCUGCUGAUAAGGACUGGGAAAAUUGUGGUCAAGGUAGUGAUUUUGGCUGGAUACAGAUUGCAGAGCCAGUCAUGAAAUUAUACACAGAAGCUACUGACGGCUCUUCUAUUGAAACCAAGGAAAGUGCCUUGGUGUGGCACCACCAGGAUGCAGACCCUGAUUUUGGUUGCAGCCAGGCCAAGGAAUUGUUGGAUCACCUUGAAAGUGUGCUGGCAAAUGAACCAGUUGCUGUAAAAAGUGGUCAGUUUAUCGUAGAAGUGAAGCCACAGGGAGUCAGUAAAGGUUUGGUGGCAGAAAAGAUCUUCACGUCAAUGGCAGAUGCGGGAAGACGGGCUGAUUUUGUGCUAUGCAUUGGAGAUGAUAGAUCUGAUGAAGACAUGUUUGAGAUCAUUGGUAAUGCAGUAUCAAGUGGUGCCCUCUCUUCCAAUACAUCAGUUUUUGCCUGCACAGUUGGACAGAAACCAAGCAAGGCCAAGUAUUACUUAGAUGACACAACUGAGGUCAUAAAUAUGCUUGAAGCCCUUGCAGAAGUUUCAGACAUUUCUUCUCCUCCAGAAUCCCCUUAACAGUUUUUCUGCAUGGCAGUGUUAUAACAUGCUCCCGUCUCUUCUCCUUUUAAGUGAGUGACGCUGGCUGGUGAUUAGUAUCAUGUUCAUUUUCUGCUCUUUUUGGAAGUUAAUUAACGUGCAGCCAAAUGGAAAUGGCCUAAUUUGAACCAUCGGCGUCUAUAUGAUAUAUAGAAGUGGAUGCAAAAGUAUGAAAGGGGGGAAGGAAAGGCAAGGCAUUCAUUCUUGGCAUUGGGGGACUCGGAUGGGGAUGGAAUGGAAUGGAAUUAUUAUUGGACUGACUGACUUGGGGGGGAUGUCAGAGAAAACAACAGAGAGGAAGAUGGCUGAAUGAUUUGUAAGUCCCGAGUGUCUUUAUCAAAGUUCCAACUAGAAAGUUAGAAACAGAAGCCUGAGCUCGUCUUGUUUUCAAAAACUCUACUAAAUGGACAACAUAAUGAUGUCCUUUGUCCUUUUCUUGUUCAUUUUCAUUUUCUUUUUUCUUGUUAAAUUCUUGAGUGCAUUUGUUUUCUCAAUUGUUACUUGAACCAUUUUAUUUUUGCUCACAAGAAAUCUGUAAAUUUCCUAUAUUAAAGCUAUUUUGUUUAGACUUGCACUACAUUUUUGUUAAUAAGAAUGUGUUUGGCCUCGUGGGAUGUAAAACCUUUUGGGUUUGUUCUAGAUGUAUUAAUCAAUAAAGAUGUGAAGAUGAGUUUAAA